AUGAGUGACGACUUCGUCCGGCUGGUCUCCCAAGCCAAUCCCGCCUCCAGGCAACAGUACCAGCCAGCCAACACGGGCUAUCCCCCGUCUUCUUCCCCUCCGCAGGCCUUGGACCCCUUCUUCGAUGACGACGACGACGUUCCCGACUCCGCCUUUGGCCGGCCUCCUGCUAUGCAGUCCAAGGAGAGCGGACUUCCUUUCGCUGGCUCUGGUGCUCCGCCCGCUGGCGUAGGCAAUUCUCAGCUCAGCCUUCCCACAUCCAUCCCGCCAGACCAGUGGUCUUUCGACGACGACGACGACCAUGGCCCCAAGACGUUUACAGGAUCGGCUUCCUUCCCCGGACCAUCGAGAGGUCAUGCGCGCAAGCCCUCCAAGUCGAUCAAGAAGAAGUGGAAGUUCAAUUGGCCUCGGCAGAAGAAGGAGCAGGUCUUGACGGGGAACAGGGUGAUCGCGCUGAACAAUCCGGAUGCUAAUGCGGAGUACUGCAACAACUACGUCUCUACGAGCAAGUACAACAUCGCGACCUUCGUCCCCAAAUUCCUCCUCGAGCAAUUCUCGAAAUACGCGAACUUGUUCUUCCUGUUCACCGCUCUCAUCCAGCAAAUACCCGACGUGUCGCCCACCAACAGAUAUACCACCAUUGCCCCCCUUGCUGUUGUAUUACUAGCGUCCGCGUUCAAGGAGACCCAGGAGGACUUGAAACGACACCAGUCUGAUGGGGAACUCAACUCUCGUCUGGCCAAGAUUCUUCAACCGGACGGCACAUUCUUGGACAGGAAAUGGAAGGACAUCAUGGUCGGAGACGUGAUCCGCUUAGAGAGCGACGACUUCAUUCCAGCCGACGUCGUCCUGCUCAGCUCCAGUGAGCCAGAGGGCUUCUGUUAUAUCGAGACGUCAAACCUUGACGGUGAGACGAACCUCAAGAUCAAGCAGGCUUCACCACAAACGUCCAAUUUGACUUCCCCUCAUCUCGUCACCUCCCUUCACGGCACGUUGCGGUCUGAGCACCCGAACAACUCCCUGUAUACCUAUGAGGCCACUCUGGAGCUGGUGUCCAGUGGCGGUAACCCGAAGCAGGUCCCGUUGGGUCCCGACCAGCUCUUGCUUCGUGGUGCUCAAAUCAGGAAUACGCCUUGGGCGUAUGGUCUUGUUGUUUUCACAGGCCACGAAACAAAGCUGAUGCGGAACGCAACUGCUGCGCCGAUCAAACAAACGGCUGUCGAGCGUCAGGUGAACGUACACAUCGUCUUCCUAUUCAUGUUCUUGCUUGUCCUGUCUAUCGGCUCGACAAUUGGCAGUAGCAUUCGAACAUGGUUUUUCUCUACCGCGCAAUGGUACCUGCUCGAGCAAUCGACUGUCUCCGGAAGAGCACUCGGAUUCUCUUUCCGGUUUGUUGAUUCUCGGCCAGAUAUCCUGACUUUUAUCAUCUUGUACAACAACCUGAUCCCGAUUUCGCUCAUCGUCACAAUGGAGGUCGUCAAGUUUCAGCAAGCCCAGCUCAUCAACUCCGACCUUGACAUGUACUAUGCGAAAACGGACACACCCGCGCUAUGCCGCACAUCCUCGCUCGUCGAGGAGCUUGGUCAAAUCGAGUAUGUCUUCAGUGACAAGACCGGAACGCUAACUCGCAACGAGAUGGAGUUUCGCUUCUGCUCGAUCGGAGGAAUUGCGUAUGCGGACGUUGUUGACGAGAGUCGACGCGGGGAUGGCGAGGACGACAAGGAAGCAUGGCGAUCCUUCGCCGACCUGCGCGCUCUCGUCUCCGGGGAACAAAACCCUUUCGUCGAUUUUACGGAUGCAGGGGCUAGCACCGAUCGUCAGGUUGCCAACGAGUUCCUCACGUUGCUCGCCGUCUGCCAUACGGUUAUCCCGGAAUUGCGCGAUGACAAGAUCCACUAUCAAGCUAGCAGUCCCGACGAGGCUGCUCUCGUAGCUGGCGCAGAACUUCUUGGAUAUCAGUUCCACACUCGCAAACCCAAAUCGGUAUUCGUCAACGUGCACGGGCAGUCAUUGGAGUACGAGAUCCUAAACGUAUGCGAGUUCAACUCCACCCGAAAACGCAUGUCCACCGUCGUCCGAUGCCCGGACGGCCGCAUAAAGCUCUUCUGCAAAGGCGCGGACACUGUUAUCUUGGAGCGUUUGAGCGAGAAUCAGCCUUACACGGAGAAGACACUUCUACAUCUGGAGGAUUACGCCACGGACGGUUUCCGUACGCUUUGUAUCGCUUUCCGUGAUAUUCCCGAUACAGAAUACCGCCAAUGGGUGACGGUCUACGACCAGGCUGCCGCAACGAUCAAUGGCCGCGGGGAGGCUUUAGACAAAGCCGCGGAACUCAUCGAAAGGGAUAUGUUCUUGCUUGGCGCGACAGCUAUCGAGGACAAGCUGCAAGAGGGCGUUCCUGACACAAUCCAUACUCUUCAGAUGGCUGGUAUUAAGGUCUGGGUACUCACUGGCGAUAGGCAGGAGACCGCCAUCAACAUCGGCAUGUCCUGCAGACUCAUCUCGGAGUCCAUGAACCUGGUUAUCGUCAACGAAGAGACAGCCCACGAGACGCAGGAAUUCAUCACGAAGCGUUUGUCGGCGAUCAAGAGCCAACGUAGUUCUGGUGAUCAGGAAGAUUUAGCCCUCAUCAUCGACGGAAAAAGUCUUACGUUCGCCCUCGAGAAAGAGAUUUCGAAGACAUUCCUGGAGCUUGCCAUCCUAUGCAAGGCGGUCAUCUGCUGUCGCGUAUCUCCGCUGCAAAAGGCGUUAGUCGUGAAACUAGUCAAGAAGAACCAGAAGUCCAUCCUACUCGCGAUUGGCGAUGGUGCGAACGACGUGAGCAUGAUCCAGGCGGCUCAUGUCGGCGUCGGCAUUUCGGGCGUAGAGGGUCUUCAAGCAGCUCGAGCCGCGGAUGUCGCUAUCUCGCAGUUCCGGUAUCUCAAGAAGCUGCUCCUCGUCCACGGUGCCUGGAGUUACACUCGGCUAUCGAAGAUGGUGCUGUAUUCCUUCUACAAGAACAUUGUGUUGUACAUGACACAAUUCUGGUUCUCGUUCUUCAACAAUUUCUCGGGCCAGAUCGCCUAUGAGUCCUGGACCCUCUCUUUGUACAACGUCGUUUUCACUGUCUUACCCCCAUUGGUGAUUGGCAUCUUCGAUCAAUUCGUGUCAGCGCGUAUCCUCGACCGGUAUCCUCAGCUGUACAUGCUCGGACAACGCAAUGCGUUCUUCACGCGGACUCAAUUCUGGCUUUGGGUCGGUAACGCGUUGUAUCACAGCAUCGUGCUCUUUGGAUUCUCAGUUAUACUCUUCUGGGGUGACCUCAAGCAAGCCACCGGCUUCGAUUCAGGUCAUUGGUUCUGGGGGACGACUUUGUACCUUGCAGUGCUCCUCACUGUCCUAGGAAAGGCCGCACUGAUAUCCGAUCUGUGGACGAAGUACACUGUAGCUGCCAUCCCUGGAUCAUUCAUCUUCACUAUGUUGUUCUUGCCGUUGUACGCCGUGGUCGCUCCUGCCAUUGGGUUCUCGACUCAGUACAGCGGUAUCGUCCCCCGUCUGUGGACCGAUGCCGUUUUCUACUUUGUCCUUCUCUUGGUUCCUAUCAUUUGCUUGACGCGAGACUUUGUCUGGAAGUACUAUCGGAGGACGUACCAACCAGAGACCUACCACAUUGCCCAAGAGAUCCAGAAAUACAACAUCCCUGACUAUAGACCGAGGCAAGAGCAAUUCCAGAAGGCGAUCAAGAAAGUUCGCGCUGUUCAGCGCAUGCGGCGUAAUCGCGGUUUUGCCUUCAGCCAGACCGAAAAUGCGUCGAGGCAAGACCAGGCGCGAUUGAUACGAGCUUACGAUACAUCAAAGACGGGUGCGCGACCGUCUGGUUACUGA